AUGGCGGAUCAGGAGGCCGCCGAGCCGGGCCCGCCGUCGUGGCCCCCCUGGACCUCCCUCCUGCUCCGAGCCAUGAGCAGGCGCCGCACCUGGGCGGCGCUCUUCCUCGCCGUCUACGCCGCGCUGCUCUCCUCCUCCUGGAGCCUGCUGGCGUCCGUGCGCGCCUGGUACUACGCCGCGGCCGCGGGCUCGGCGGCGCACCCGGCCGCGUGGCCCGCCGCGCUCUACGCAUCCGUCAUGUACGGCGCCGUCUUCGGCCUGCUCUCCAUGGGCGCCGCGCUGGCCGUCGCCGCGCCCGCCAUGCUGGUGACCUGGAUCACCGUGCUCGUGCUGCUGGCGUUCGCGGGCAAGCCCCGGCGGUCGCUGGUCGCCGAGGCGCGCCGCGCCACGGCCGACAUCGCGCGGCUCGCGCUCCGCGUGCUGCUCUGCGAGGGCAACGCCGUCGCCGCCGUCUGCGCCGCCGCCAGCUUUGCCGCCCUCCUCUUCGGCCGCCGCGACGACGCCGGCGCCGACGCCGGGCGGCGGCUGAUCUGA